GCUUUUAUUUAGUCCAAUAAUUAAAAGUAGUCUGCAAGAGAAGUUUGGAUAAAUACAAUUAGUGACCUUAAUUAAUUAGCUAAGGUCAAGUGGUUCCAGAGCCUCCUCUGUGUCAGAGGAGGUUGGAGGAAGUUGAGAACACGUGCAAAAAUAUCACUAAAGCUAUAAAUGUGCUGAGUCGGCGCUAUUUUUGUGUCUAGUCAGCAGUUUCACAGAAGCUUCUGGUCAUCAAGGAAAUGAGCAGUCUGACUUCUUCCUCACUCCAAGCUGUACAACAUUGAUUACUGCACCUGCUUAUGAUUUCUCCUAGCCAAAGUACUACAUCUACGGAGAUAAAGCUUCUCUUCCUGGAAUGAACAGGAGUCUGGCAUGUACGUGAUCUUCUGGAUCUUUUACUGCUCAUCUCUAGCUCUUGAUAUCUUGUGUACAACUAAACUGCUGACUAGACACAAAAAAUAGCGCUGACUCAGCACAUUUAUUGAUAUUUUGCACGUGAUCUCAACUUCCUCCCAACUCCUCUGCCUCUGCGUUCACAGAGGAGGGAGGACACGAUUAACCUUAGCUCUAAUUAGCUAAUUAUUGCGACCUUUUAAUUACAUUCUUUGAAGAGCUAGAGCAAAGUAAGCCUUUUCUCCUACUGGAGGUACCCCUAUGGCCAAGUUAUCAGGACCUGAAGGUAAUAGGACCCCUAUAAGAAGCACCUCAAGUACUCCUAUCUCUAAGAUCCCUGUGAGAAGCAUCCCAGGCACUCUGAUCUUGUCUCUGUGAGAAGCACUCUUGAUCCUGGAGACAGGAUCCCUAUGAGGAGCACCCCAGGCACUCCUGUCUCCAAGAUCCCUGUGAGAAGCACCCCAGGCACUCCUGUCUCUAUGAUAAAGCUGCAACAUGGUUCAGAGUGUCUCCAACAUGAAGAACAUCAAUGACACUACUAACCGUUAGAGAGAGGACGUUGUUACCUAUUGCAUUCUAAUCACGUGCACUGUAAACCGCGUGGACGUGCGCCGAUCAUCAAAUACUCUGUGACGUGCCGACUCUCGAUCGGCUUAUCUUCUGGUGCUGUGCUCAACGUCGACAGUGUGUUCGCUGUGUCCAAUGUGUUUGCUGUGUUGACUGUGUCCACUGUGUCUGCUGUGUUGAUUGUGUCUGCUGUGUUCACUGUGUCCACUGUGUCUGCUGUGUUGACUGUCAACACUGUGUCUGCUGUGUUGACUGUGUCCACUGUGUCUGCUGUGUCCACUGUGUCUGCUGUGUUGACUGUGUCUGCUGUGUCCAGUGUGUCCACUGUGUCUGCUGUGUUGACUGUGUCCACUGUGUCUGCUGUGUUUUUGUGUCUGCUGUGUUGACUGUGCCUGCUGUGUCCUUGUGUCUGCUGUGUUCGCUGUGUUCAAUGUGUCUGCUGUGUUCACUGCAUGUGUCUGCUGUGUUUGCUGUGUUCAAUGUGUCUGCUGUGUUCACUGUGUCUGCUGUGUUUUUGUGUCUGCUGUGUUUUGGCUGUGUUCAAUGUGUGUGCUGUGUUUGCUGUGUUCAGAAGAUAAGGUGAUGGAGAGUCGGCGCAGGCGCGUCACCGAGCAUUUGUGUGCGGCUAUGAUCGACACAUUCACGCGGUUUACAGUGCACGUGAUUAGAAUGCAAUAAUUAAAAUGGUAACAACGUCCUCUCUAGUUCGAUAUAUAUAUACCUCAGACCUCUCGCUCUUGUAUAUAUCUAUGCUUGUCUUUAGCUGGCUAGCUAGCUCUGUAACGUAGAUCUGUCACGGUACGUACGUUUAACUUCACCAGGAUCAAGCUUUACAAAUUACAGCGACAAGGAGUCUGAACAAUGGCGGUAAAUCCACAAGAUUUUAAGCAGUUUAUCUUGAGACAAAUUCACAUCACCAAGAAUGAGUUGGGACACGGUUCCUACGCUGUUGUCAUGGAGCUAGAGUAUCAAGGACUGAAAUGUGCCGGCAAGAAGCUUUACCGAGUUUUCUACGAGACUGGAAUCGGGCAUGCAGCACGAAGGUAUCUGGAGGAGUGUCACCUGCUCAGUCAAACUAGGCACCCCAACAUUGUCCAGUUUCUGGGAGUCUGUUUUGAGGAAGGCUCUCAAUUCCCCAUCCUAGUCAUGGAGUUCCUCCCCACCAACUUGACCAGCUGUCUCGAACGCUACGGUAUUCUCCCUGAUGAGAUCAACUUCUCCAUCCUCCAUGACGUCUCACUGGGUCUGGUCUCCCUCCAUGGCCAAACACCGGUCAUUGUGCACAGAGACCUCUCAGCCAACAACGUUCUUUUGUCCACCAACAUGACAGCCAAGAUAUCCGAUCUGGGGGUUGCUCGAACUUAA